ACCUGUUUCAGUUGUUUCUCAGAUUCCUCCUAGAACAGAUCUAAAAUGUCGACAAAUUACACGGACUUUACGUUUGACUUUAGCCAAUGGGAUUUUCCAGAAGACCGCAUUUGGUUGCACAAAUCAAUCGUUAAUAUUGCCUGGAAGAUUUGCGCAUUUGUGCCAUUAAUUGUUUUCGGAUUAUAUGGCAACUUUAUUCUUAUCUAUCUGAUUGCCACAACGCGAUCGCUGCGAUCACCAACUAAUUUAAUCAUAGCCAAUAUGGCGACCGCUGAUUUUUUCACCCUGCUCAUCUGCCCGAUUAUGUUCAUGAUCAACGACUUCUAUCAGAACUAUCAGCUGGGCAGCAUUGGCUGCAAGAUGGAGGGCUUCUUGGUGGUUGUAUUCUUAAUCACAGCUGUCCUAAACCUCUCGGCUGUUAGCUACGAUCGUCUGACUGCCAUCGUGCUACCGCGAGAGUCUCGUCUAACACUUCGAGGUGCUCGCAUCGUGAUCAUUUCAACUUGGCUGGCGGGAAUACUGCUUUCAUUGCCGCUGGCCAUCUACAGGAUCUACAAGGUGCGUGUGUGGCGCAACUUUACGGAAUGUUAUUGCAAGGAGAACACCAAGAUAUUGCCCAAGUAUUGGUAUGUGCUCAUCACAGUCUUAGUCUGGCUGCCUCUUGGCAUUAUGCUAAUCUGCUACACGGCCAUAUUCAUCAAGCUGGAUCGCUACGAGAAACGCGUCCUAAGUCGUGAGCAUCCGCUGACUGUGAGCUACAAACGCAGCGUAGCCAAAACCCUUUUCAUUGUGGUCAUUGUCUUUGUGGUGCUUCGCUUGCCGUUCACCAUUUUGGUGGUGCUCCGUGCCAAGUAUUACAGUACCGAGACAACGGUUGAUAAUGGCAUACAACUCUUUUCAUACAUCGCGCAGUAUCUUAUAUUUGUAAAUGCAGCCGUCAAUCCCAUUAUCUAUGGCUACAGCAAUGAGAACUUCAGGAAGGCAUACUAUCAACUAUCAUGGGUCAAAAGAAGGAAAGUGAAUCGGGAGCAUCGUUGUUUCUACUGUGAUUUCAUAAAGCGCAAGAAUGUUCAGUCAAAAACAAAUGUUGAACGGGAACCAAGAAUAGAGGUAACGGAGACGACGACAAAGGCAACUAAAAGACUAGAGCAAACAUCAUGCCAACUUUACGAAAAUUCCGAUCAUUCAUUAGAUCAGCAAAUCGAUGGAGAAGGUUUCAUUUAGGCUAUGCAAGUUUUCUUCUGUCGACAAUAAAAUACCUGGUCUGCAGUUAAU